UACAUUUGGGCAUCAGUCAACUGCAGACAGUGUUUGUAUUGUGUUUGGAAAAGAAAAUCCAGAAAUUAUUUUAGAAAAAUGUAGCAACCGUGUGAUAUUGGAACUGCUGGAUGUUUCUGAAACUGAUCAAACCGAUAUUUGCACCUUACAUGUUCCUAAGAAUUGCUUUGAACACCUUGUAAAGCGAAUUUACAAGAUGAUUAUUGAAGGGGAUGGAAUAACACUAGAAUCAUUCCCCCGGUUCAAAAAUCAAGAGCUUGCAGAUUGUCUCUUAAAGUAUAUCACCACAAUUGGAGACAUACGAGCUUUCCAUCGAGCUCAUUUAGGUUACUUUUCCACCAGAAGUCUAUUAGAAUCUUGUGCGAACAAUGUUUUUUUCUUGAAAGCUCUUUUCAAUUUCAAAGUUGAUGAGUUCAUUGUCAAAGAAAGCGGUAUUUUGUUCUUUUCGAGAACAUUACAGGGAACAUUACUACGAUCCCUAGAACAUAAAAACAAGGCAUCCAUGUCUUUUCUGAUUGCAAAGGGAGCGUUCUUAACGGAAAAAUGUCUUCAUGAAGCAAUUAGUUCCAAUGACGUGGACUUGACAGAGUUCGUAUUAUCAAGGAAUAUCUGGAUAAGAUCAGAAAUCAGAAGGUGCACCAAACUUGACACGCCAGAUAAUAUACGUGGUGUCCUAGAGAGGGGAACCAGCAUGUGCAAGGUACAGGAGAUAAGGAAUCUGUAUCGCAAUCAGAAUUCAUACCAAGCAUCUACAAAACUAUCACAUAUGAGUGCCAAAGAUAUGUCGACAGCCGUUGAAGCAAUGGAUUUUAACACGCUACAAACGAUUUUUCAGUCCCCGGGGUUGAAAAAUCAGCAUAAUUGUCUUAUAAAAGCAAUCCUGGACAAAAAACACAAGCAAUUAAAUGAUGCUAUCGCCAUUAAAAGAAUAGCUGGACAAAUCGACGGAACAGUUGUCCAGUAUGCGUUACAUCAUUGUGACUUGGACAUGUUUCGUUUCUUACUUUUGUCAUCAAACAUCAGUGCUUCACAUCUGAACUCAGUGCUUUCUGAAGCCAUUCAUCUGAACAAAACUGACGAAAUAGAAGUUCUGAUCAAGGCAGGUGGACAACCGACUCUGGAAGAUUUUGUGAACAAAGCAGGGACAACGUGUAUGGGUGUGGAGUGUGUUGUUGAAACUAUCAUGAAAACCACAUCAUGGACACGUGAACAGCUUGAUCGUGCUCUUGACGCAGCCGUGCGCUCCGGUACACAUGCUUCAAUGAAAUUCCUUAUCAAAGGUGGAGCAAAGUUUCUAGAAGAUGCGUUGGUAAAUGUAUCUAAAAGGCAUUAUGGUCCGGAAGUGGAGUAUAAAUACAAAUUGACUGCUUCCUCUACAAAAGCAGAUGAUAAGCUGAGGGAACUUUUAGAAGAAGUUCCGGCAAUAAAAAUAGUAGCACAAGUUCACGCUACAGUUCAAUAUGUAUUUUCGGAACACGAAUGGUCGCAAAAGCAACUGGAUGAUGCACUUGAUGCUGCAUUAGUAUCGGGGUCAAGGGCAACCUUACAAUUGCUGAGGCUCAGUGGAGGCACGUUUCACAGCAAUGCUUUGUUAGCCGCUGUAAGAAACCUGCGUUAUGCACUACCCAUUGUUAGGUUUGUGCGAGAGUAUGGGGAAUGGUCAGUUGACCAGCUGAGCAAUGCAUUACACGAGGCUUUAGUCAUUUGCAGGCCGGACUUUAUUAUUUACUUGAAUGAAGAAGGAGCAUUGUUCAAUGAUUCGAGUUUAAAAAAUGUUCUUCGGUGGAAGGUUGAACAACAUGUUCAGAUCAAACACAUAAAACACAUUCUUAAAGCUCGAACCUGGUCACCAUUUCUGCUAGAUGAAGCCAUUGAUUUUGCAUGUGAAACAGAAGGACUUGCAAUUCUUGCAAGUCUACCAAUUGCAGAGGCUAGGUCAGAAUCACUCACUAGAAAUGUUCUUCUAAAAUUACGAGCGGUUGGAAAGAAGAAAAAAUGGAUUAUUCAGACGUUAAAAAGCAGAGGCAUGGAUGCUGAUCUUGCUUUAGUUUUGAAUUAUGAAAUUCAAGAAGGUUGCACAGACAUUGUUGAACAUCUUAUUGGUGAGCUGGGGAUUUCCUGUGACAACGAUGGCUUAUCAAAUGCCAUGGACAACACCCGGAACUAUCAAAGCUAUGAGAGACUGAAAAUGGUCCGUCUGGUGCGUGAAUCGCAAAACUGGUCUGAUGAGUUGCUGACGAGGGCGUUAGACAAAGCUGUUGGACUCGGGUACAGUGAGGUGAUAUUGUACCUACAUACCCAAGGGGCCAAGUUCAGUGACAACAGCCUGGAGUACGCAAUGAUGCAUAAAAAUAUAGGAUACGAGCCAUAUGAUUUUGUUACUUAUAUAAUGGAAUCACGCCAUUUCAACAAAGAACAAAUGAACAGUGCACUGACAAAAUCUUUAGAGAUUGGCCAUUAUAAACUCGUGACCAUGUUUCAUGAAAAGGGAGCAGAGUUCGCCGAAAAAAGCCUACAAAACGCAAUCCGCAAAGAGUGGAUACUCUCAGAUCGACUCCCAGCAGUCCAGUUCAUACUUAAUGCAAGACGAUGGGACACUGAUGAAAAGAAUGACGCGCUGCACAAGGCUGUAAAGUUAGGGGAUGUAAGUUUAAUUGCUUGUCUUCUCAAAUGUGGAGGAGAGGUGUCGAAACAAUGCUUGUCCGAAAUUCUGGAGAAGAAAUGCAAACCGUCACAUCGCCUCUGUAUCGUAAGGCUUCUGCUCUCUAGUUCCCAUUUUUUGGCACGAGAGCUAAUUGAAGAGGCAGGGGUAAAAGCUAGGCAACUGUCAGAGCCUAAACUCGAGGCGUACAUCCAGCAAUGUAUCAAGUAGGGAAACGUCAUAAACCUGGCGCCUAUUCGAUCUUGAAAAUGGUUUCUUUUGGGAACAAAACCAGUCUAUAAUUCAGCAUGCAUGAUAUGAUGAAUAUCAUAGGAUCACAUGUAUUAUAAGAAUGACAAGUUCAUCUGUUUUAAUAGAAUAACAUAACAUGUUGAUGCAGACGUCAUUUAUCCGGUUGCUGUAGUUUAGGAAACCCUGCCUUUCCAAAGCACAAUUGUCCGAGCUAUCCAGCCGUUUGUCAUAGGAACGUCAGCGGCAGCAGACAGAAAUGUUCUGUUGUGUCAUGAUCGCCAGGCAAUAAUUAUGCUUAAGAUGCAAAAACAUAAUGAUUUAUGAGGAUGACAGUGAAAAAUCUUUAAUAAACAUUUCAUAAGUCUUGCAUUAAAGAUGCAAUUAUUAUUAUGAAUGAAUGGUUUUGGUGGCAGAACACCAUGCAAUUAUUAGUAUUGAUCGACAAUAGGUAAAAAAAAGAGAUAAUUAGACGAAAGGUGAAACAUAAGGAUUGUUUGACAAGAGGUAAAGCAUGAGGAUUGAUUGACAUUAGUUAAAGUAUUAGGAUUGUUUUUACAAUGGGUUCAGCAUAAGGAUGGUACAUGUAUGACAAUAGGUAAGGCAGUGAGAUGGUUUGACAAUAGGUACAGCAUUGGGAUGGUACAUGUAUGACAAUAGGUACAGCAUUGGGAUGGUACAUGUAUGACAAUAGGUACAGCAUUGGGAUGGUACAUGUAUGACAAUAGGUACAGCAUUAAGAUGGUACAUGUAUGACAAUAGGUAAGGCAUUAGUAUUUAUGAUGCAGUGUAAAUUGAUGUUUGUGUAUUACGUUCAUCUCUGAGAAUACAUAAACAUAAUGUCUAUUUGACAACAUAAACAUAGUGUUAAGAAGUACCUGACAAUACAUAAACAUAAUCUCUAUUUGACAACAAAAACAUAGUGUUAAGGAGUACCCGACAAUACAUAAACAUAAUGUCUAUUUAACAACGUAAACAUAGUGUUAAGGAGUACCUGACAACAUUCGUGCCAAUAUUGCAUACACUGAAUUUCUGGGAUGAGGUACAGCAUAAAGUUAUGUCAUUAUUAGCAUACCAUAGAAUACGUAGUGUAAAUAUUGAUUUUUUUAAGAGUGUUUGUAUGUCGAGGUCAUAUUGGGAAUCAUCUGAUCGCUCGGAAUGAAAGUUAAUAUGAAGUAAUUGGUACUAUACUGAUGUGUAAAUAGAAGUUACAGUGUUAUUUUUUUGACCCUGCUACGUGUUUUUGGUAUACAUAACAUUGAUGCAGGCAUGCUUUGUUUAUGGGAUGUAGCUAAUCCUAUACACGAGACACAAGACAACUGUGUUUGAUUAUUGUUUGGAGUGUGGUCAAAGAACGGAUGAAAGCAGGAUGGAGGGAACACGGCAGGUUUUAUGGUAACAAAAUAUGUUUUAAUAUUUUACAUGAGAUAAACCGGCAUUUUAAAUGUCAAUGAGUAUGGUAUCUAACUGUUGUGUACACUCGUGAAAAGAUUGCGUGAGAAACGAUGUAUUUACUAAAAAUACACUCUU